CGACUUUGACCCAAGACAGGAAGAAUAACUGAAUUCGGUUUACAGUUAUUAUAUUUACAGGCGGACUAUAAUAAAUCGGCCGACCAUUCAUGUUCCCAUCGAGAAUAAUGGCGUGGAGCUAAAACUAAAGUGACGUUUGGGCGGUGGAGGAAAAGUGAGGAACCUGUCUCGCUGCCUAAUUUAUACACCACUGCAGCACCGAGGCAACACAGUGAAUCCCCGUCCGCAUCCUCAACACAACAUGGACUACAGCAACAACAAUCCUUACCUCCAGUUCGCGACUGUUCCUCCGGCUACUACUAAUGGAUAUGGGACAAAUGGCAACAGAUCGAUGGGGAAGAUACGUGAUGCUUGGAAUCGGUGUGGGAAGAGGGUUGAGCUAGCCACCAGGAAAGCAGAGGUUUAUGCUGAUAAUAUCUGGCAUCACUUCAAGGUUAGUCCUAGCAUAGCCGAUGCAGCAAUGGCAAGGAUUGCUCAAGGGACAAAGGUACUUGCUGAAGGAGGGCAUGAUAAGGUAUUCCAGCAGACAUUUGAGGUCUUGCCUGGAGAGAAGCUCUUGAAUGCAUAUGCUUGCUAUAUAUCGACUUCAACUGGACCUGUGAUCGGGACACUUUAUGUAUCCUCCAAAAAGGUGGCCUUUUGCAGCGAGUAUCCCUUCUGUUAUUAUUCCUCUACAGGACAGCAGCAAUGGAUGUAUUACAAGGUUGUGGUGCUGCUUGAUCGAUUGAGAGCAGUGAAUCCUUCUUCAAACAGAGCGAACCAUUCCGAAAAGUACAUCCAGAUUGUCACAAAGGAUGGUCAUGAGUUCUGGUUCAUGGGAUUCAUAUCAUAUGACAAGGCACUGAAGCAAUUAUGCGAGGCUUGACAGCAGUCUCGCGACUCAUCUGGGGCAAUUCCUGUGGCGCAAAGCUCGUGAUCUUGCUCCCAUACUGUGGCAUACUUAACAGAUAUGACAGAAGAUUAGUGCUUUUAAAUAACUGAAAUAAUACAGGCUUGGUUAUCGAUGUGCAAUGAAUGUUCAACUGGAAAAUUUUAGCCCGUCUUGCCUGUUGGGAAUUUGCUUAGAUACCCACUAGUCUCCUAAUAUGAUGAUUGAUGGUUUUGAA